GGGGAAAUCAGGAUCUCAUUACAAGAGCAACAGAGCAUUUGCAGAAGACUGUCAGCAUGGAAAACCGGGGGAUUUUACCCAGCUCCCUUUAAGCUACGAGGAGAGGCUGGAAAAGUCCCUCAGGCUCUGGCAUAAUGCUAUGACUGAAUCUCCUUGUGGCGUGAGAACAUACAGGUAUGGAGAGUGCAAUCACGCUGUGGCAGUUCCUUUUGCAGUUGCUGCUAGACCAGAAACAUGAGCACCUGAUUUGCUGGACAUCUAACGAUGGCGAAUUCAAGCUACUCAAGGCAGAAGAAGUGGCUAAGCUGUGGGGACUCAGAAAAAACAAAACUAAUAUGAAUUAUGACAAGCUGAGCCGAGCGCUCAGAUACUAUUAUGACAAGAACAUCAUCAAGAAAGUGAUCGGACAAAAAUUUGUGUACAAGUUUGUCUCCUUUCCUGAGAUUUUAAAAAUGGAUCCACAUGCUGUGGAGAUCAGCCGAGAGAGCCUUUUGCUGCAGGACAGCGAUUGUAAGAUGCCUUCAGAGAGCCGGGAGCAGCACAAGCACAGCUUGUCAACACUGAAAAGCACAAGCCGAAAUGAGUAUAUCCAUUCUGGCCUGUAUUCCUCUUUCACCAUCAACUCACUGCAGAACCAGCCAGACCAUUACAAGCCAAUCAAAACAGAAAAACUGGAGGAAAAGUCAGAAGGAAACACACCCGUGGAAGAGGUUCGGACUGUUAUAAGAUUUGUGACAAACAAAACAGACAAACAAGUUAUGAGGCCCAUGGUGUCGUUACCUUCCACCUCCGAAACAGCGUCUGCCUCUGCUUUUCUCAGCUCUUCGGUAUCAGCUAAAAUAUCUUCUUUAAUGUUACCCAACAGUGCCAGUAUUUCAUCUCCUUCAUCAUCAUCUUCCAGAUCCCCAUCUCUGUCUCCCACCUCGCCGCUCCCUGCAGAGCACAGGAGCCUCUUCCUUGAGUCCAGUUGCCACGACUCAGAUUCGCUUGAGCCUCUGAACCUCUCUUCAGGCUCCAAGGCAAAAUCUCCAUCUCUUCCCCCAAAGGCUAAAAAACCCAAAGGCUUGGAAAUCUCUGCCCCACCUAUGGUUCUUUCUGGCACCGAUAUUGGUUCCAUUGCGCUCAACAGCCCCGCGCUUCCUUCAGGAUCCUUGACUCCAGCUUUCUUCACUGCUCAGACCCCAAAUGGAUUAUUGCUGACCCCAAGCCCGCUGCUGUCUAGCAUUCACUUCUGGAGCAGCCUCAGUCCUGUCGCUCCUCUGAGUCCUGCCAGGCUGCAGGGACCAAACAGUCUGUUCCAGUUUCCAACUCUGCUAAAUGGUCACAUACCAGUGCCACUCCCCAGUCUGGAUGGAGCCUCUUCUCCAGUACUGCUUUCUCCAAAUGCUCAGAAAUCCUGAUGAUGCCUCAUCCCUUUAAGGACUCGAUGGUGGAUUUAACACUUCAUUCCUAUGGGCUAGUUUUUCCUGUGUCAUGAGAAGGACAUUGUGAAACCCUCUAUUACUUUGGUUUGCACUUUUCAUUACAUGGAUAAUCUACUUUUAUUAUGUUAGCAUUUUUAAACAGUGUUUAUAUAUAAAAAUAUAUAUAAAUCUGUUUUGCAUUAAAUGAAUUAUAAUUUUUUUAUAUCAUAGCUCUCAAGUGUUGAACACUUCUGUUGUUGAUGAAGUACUUCUCUUAAUGGAUUGCAACAAUGUAUCUAAUAAGGAUGUGAAGCUUCUUUUAAUCCCCUUUUCUGCAUAUUAUGCAUUGUGCUUGUGUAAACUAUAACCGGCUGUGCCUUCUUUUGCAUAAUGUCAUGUAAAUGAUUUAUAUAUUUUCUAGUAUUAAGAUAAAAAGUUGAAAGACAAAACUAGUAUUGAACAGCCCUACGGUAGUAUUUCAGUAUUUUCUCCACAGAUAGGCCAUAUGAUGCAGUGUAUUCAUGUAACUUUGUAUUAAGUGCUUUCAAAUUGUAUAAAAAUAGCCUUAUAAUUUUUCUUUGCUGAAUUGAAAGAUGUAAUAAAUGUUACAGUCAGGAAGUGCAUUUAAGAGUAACAAAGCCACAUCUACACACUCAUGCCCAAAUUCUUCUGUGCAGUUGCAGUGGGGAGGAACCGGGCUGAGUACGCUCAUGAAACGUUUCCAGCAUUGGAAAGCGCUUCUGUAGAAAAAGAGCCUUCGCUCAGAAUUUAUUUGGCAUAUACUACUUAAAGCUGUCAACAUUACAGCUGGAAAGACUGUAGGUAAUCGCUGUCCUCCCAGGGAAUGGGGAUCAUUCCUGAUGGAGAAUUUCCAGGUGCUUUGUUCAGUCGUGCCAAGUGCCUUCGACCAUUUCCCUUGAAAGAUUAGCUACCAAAGCUCAGAAGGUCACAUUUCCCCUUCCCUCGAAGCUGGAGAAGUUGUAGGACUGUAAAUUAAUGCCUGGUGCUUGUAAAGAGGCAUACUGUACCUGUGGGAGCUUUGUGCAUAAACAACUGAAUUCUGGAUUAAAAAACAACACUGUGCUACUAUGUAUUUGCAACUUUAACUUAUUAGGUAUGUCCUCUACCUUGAGCUGAUGGCUUAGUCAUCUAAAUGUCAGGUUAGGAUCAGGCUAGACUCCCUGGCACCACAGAUUCUAAUCUUGGCAGGGCUGAUGCAAAUCUUCAAUUUUCUGAGGUGGCUAAAUUGGGUUGAACACAGUUUUACCAUGUAGGUCUUUCAGAUGAGACCUUAAGAAAACAAACUAACCAAAAUCAGGAUCCUUGCUACAUAUCAUUAAAGACUCUGCUCUGCUUUCUGGCCAAGCAGCUGGUAAAAAGUGAAUUCUUUCUUAAUCUUAUGCAGUGAGUUGUUUGCUGAUUUUCUGCCUGGAUGCAUUUCAGUGAUGAUGUGUGUAGUAAAGUUGUGAAGUGCUUUUGGAUCCUUCAACAUGAAAGGUGCUAAAUAAACAUUUUAUUAAUGCAGCUCUGACGUUUAAAAGCCGUUUUUGGGGCAGUGGUAGUCUGACAAAAGACAGCAGGAAUUUUCCUCAGGCUCCUGGGUUGCACAACCAAAAAUGACUCCUCAGUUUCACUUAGAGUAAUCAAGUGAAUAAAACACUGCCAUAUCUACACGAAGCACUAGUGCCGAUAAACAGAGCAAUCAGAUAAGAAAAAAGAAUAAAACAAGAAGCUUUUCACUUGAUCCAGCAUUUUAGGAGCUCCAAGAGGUACUAUCCCGUGCAGUGAAGAGAGCAAAUGAACCCAGGCAAUAUUUAUGAGCAAAAGGAAAGUAAACUCAAAAUAGGUUGGGAGACAGCACAUAACCAAUGAGCCUGACUAGUCUAGUGCCGAUGAAAUCACACAGGCUUGCAGAUCAAACGUUUCCCUUCUAACAGAUAUAUUUUUCUCAGGUACAUGGAAUUUUUCUUCAGUUAUUAGGUUAUAUACAGGCAAUUAUUGACACUCCAAGGCCAACUAUCUCCUCUUUUUUUCCAAAGCUGGAACUGUCUACUUCAGUGGAGUUGCACCUUGCAUAUAUAUAUACUGGAUAGCUGGUAGGAGAACAAAGCACAGAGAUGAAGUGUUCUGUGUUUCUCACUACGAGUCUAAAAAGUAAAGAUAUUCAUGAAGUAUUUGGUCUUAAACUUAAUAAAAAGUAUUGCUGAAUACCACACUGCAAUGAAGAAAUAGAGGAGGAAGUGCAUGACAGAGAAAAGCUUCUUACAGUAAAAAGCAUCCAGAUGCUCCUAAUUCUGCUUCUUCCAAAGUUUUACUUCUAUUAAUAAUUUUCCAUUUAAAAGGCUGACUACUCCCCCCCCUUUAAAAAAAAAAAAGAUGGCAGAAAAACAGCAAUGCUAGGAAAAAUAUCUCAGCAAAUUACUGUAAAGGAUCCAAGAGACUUCAACAAAAGAUUUCCAAGGGAAGACACCUGGAAACAGCACUGUCUUCUCAUCUUUGAGAGAAUACAAAAUAGAACAUUUUCUUUUGCUGCUAAACUUUACAAUAAAAAAAAAAGUUUGUCAAAAUAAAAUCUGCCUUGCAAAUUGGUCAGUAUGUGGAACAAACUCUUACUGUUGUGGACAAAACAGAAUUAUACAGAUUAAGUCAAGCCUCACAAGUCAAACACUUACCUAAAACACUAGAUUACUGUGCUUUAUGCUUCAAAUAAAAUAUUCUAUUGGUAAUUUUCUAUUGAAUUUUAUUAACAGAUAUCUUUUUAACUGUAGAGAAAAAUCAAAUAAAUGUUUGUAAAAUAAA